AUGAAUGAAACUGAACUUGAGUCUCUUUACCGUAAACAAAUGAACGAUCAUGUCGUACUUCAAACAAGACAAAUUAUCAAUCAACUCUUAGAGUUAUAUCCCCAAGAAUUUGGACUCGAAAAUCUUGUGUCUGUCAAACCGGCCCUGCCAUUCAUGAUAUCCGAAAAACUUUCUCAACUUUACCAAGAAGUAUGCGAAUCAUACAUUGGUACAUCUAUCUUAUUUGAACAUGCCUGGCAUUGGUCAUUAUUGUGGAGACAACAGUUGUCUUUCAAGGCUCUAGCACAAACAUAUGGUCGAGAACGCGUUGUAGCAUCAAUACACCCACGCGCACGAAAGGCGGUUGGACAAAUAUAUCAUGCGGGACUUGAUCAAUACAUGCAGUGGUUCCCAUGGCCAUGGUUCUCCAACAUGCAAUUUAUUGGCGCGGGUGGAUUCUCUGCCGUUUAUGCUGUCAAUCUCAGACUACCCUAUGAACCUCAACCCAUCAAGAUGGCACUCAAAAUUGUAGAUGACAAGCUACUAAAUGAGAUAUCUGUUCAAUCAAAAGCAUUCUUACCUCUCUUAUUUCAAGGUUUAACUGUGUGCGAGAGUACAGGAGAUCUGAUGAUGGUUAUGAAAUUCAGCAACGACGGGAAUCUCGAAGACCACAUGCAGCAAUUACCUCUAGGUGAUCUGGAUCUAAAGACAAUUACGGGCACCAUCCUUCGACUGGCAGCAAACCUCGCAGAUUUGCACAAAGCUGGUAUGUGCCAUAGGAACAUUCAUCCUCGAAACAUCAUCUGCACCGACAGCGACUAUUUCCUUGUCGAUUAUCGAUUCGCCACCCCAUCGCAUGAAUCAUCUUCAGUUACAGCCAUCACUCGUGCAGUCUAUGGCCGACUUCCUUAUGUGGCCCCAGAGGUGCGACAAGGAAUCUACACAGAAAAGUCUGAUAUAUAUAGUCUGGGCAUAAUCAUAUGGCAACUGGUCAGCAAGGUUAUAUUUCCAUCACCCGAUGUUUUACUGGAUGGAGAUCGGAGUACGGUUACGAAUGGAAGAGGAGGAAAUGGAAUUGGAAUUGGAAUUGGAAUUGGAGGAGGAGGAGCAUCAUCAAUAUCAUCAAUAUCAUCAUCGUCAUCAAUAUCAUCAUCAUUACUAGCAUCAACAGCAGCGGGAGGAAGAAUGAUAGGCGGUGGGGGUUCUAACGACCAUGUUUAUCGUAUUGAACAUGUUCCUGGACUGCCGGAAUGGUACACCCAACUUUACACGGCCUGUCUUGAGCCUAAUCCUGACAAUAGACCAGAUGCAAAUCAGAUCUGUCAGGCACUACAGACUAUUCAUGAAAACCUAGGAUUUUCAGUUCCAUUGAAUCGUUGGGUGACAGAAUACAUUGUUGCUAGACGGGCAGAAGUAGCAGAUCAUGUUCGUACCUAUGCAAAGGUCAAGGGCAUUGUUUCUGCCUCCAUGACACGACUCUACACUCUCUCUACCCUGCCAUCUACUGGUCAUUUCAUAAACCUGCCAUACACACACAGGCCAUUCUUUAACCUCAUUAUUCAAACAACACCUCACCAACUGUCUUGA